AUGUCCGGCUCUCAAUCUGAACAACAACCCCUAAUCCCCGAGAAAAUUUACGGCGUCUCCGUUACAUUCGCCAAUAUCAGAGAAUACGAAGCUGCGGUCUACGCCCUCAGGGAGAUUAAGGAAAACUCGGAGUAUGCGCAGAAACGCGAUGUUCUGAAUGCCAAAGGAAAUGCCAUGAUCGAGACACUCAAUGGCAAGUAUAGUGAUAAAUUGCUUGUGCAUAACAAUCUUCUACAAUCCGUCCAGAGCCUUAAUAAUAAGCACGGGAGGGACGGAACCACUGAGGAAGAGAAUGAAAAGCUGCGAAAUGAUAUGCAAAUGCUCACUGCCACAAUAAAUGCGCGUAAAGACGAGCUGUUGGGUAUUGAAAAGUAUAUUAAGCGUAUAAAGAAGGCCCAAGAUUGCAGAGGAUGA